GUGUGCACCGCCGCGCAGGCGCGAGGCUGUCUCCGCGCCAGGUGGCCGAGCCAGUCGUGGCGUCGUACGACCCGAGCCGCCUCCGCACGCAGGUGCAGCUCGGGCUCAGCGCCAUGCGGGGCGCGCAGCCCAACGCCGUGCGCCAGUCCAAGACCCCGUGCGCCGUCGGCCACGCAAGCGACAUCACAGAAUUCCUAGCAAACUACAUGAACUUGAGAGGUUUGACACUGAGAAGCUGA